GAGCCCUCCCCUCACAGACAGACCCCGCCUCUGCGGGUGCAUCUCUGCAGCCAGGCCCUCAAGGGCCAGCCCCCAGGCAGUGCUCCCCCUCUGGUUUGCACACAUUAGCCAAGCUCUCAGACACCACUUGUCCAAAAUGCCAGGCUCUUCAUUUGCACCAAAAACUGUGACCAGCCAGGGGUCAAGCUACGUGGACCAGGGUCCAGCCUCCCCGCGGGCAAAUCUUCAGGGACGGACAGAUGAGUAGCAGUCACUGGGCCAGCGUGGAAUCAGAAGCUGCGGGGCCAGUUAGUUGAACGGUGGCUUGCCGCGGUGAGGACCGUGUACUGCAUGAGUGAAGCUGAAAUGGUGGAUGUCGCUCUGGGGACCCUGAUUGAGGCCCGGAAACAGGAAAAGCCCUUGGAGCUGCUGACCCUGGCGGGCGCUGAUAAACCAGAGCUGUCCCCAACCUGCUCAAUGUUGUCACCGAGUUCUCCUGGGAGUAGAAGUGAGGAUGAGGACAAUGGGGAAGACGCCCUUCCUCCAGGCCUCCGCCCUCCUCAGGGGCCCACGGGGUCUGACUCUGCGUGCAGCAGGAGCCCUGAGGAGGACGAGGACAUGUUAAAAUAUGUCAGGGAGAUAUUUUUCAGCUAAGGGACAGACUUCCUAGGACUUCCUUCCCAGGGCGCUGAGGGAAGCCGGCUUCCCUUCCCGGCCUGGGGCCUGGCCGAGGAUGCCGAAGAGGCCCAGUCCUCCCCUCCCUGGGCUGGCAGAUGCACCAAGGAGGGGAAGCCCAGGGGGCUUUGGGCCUUGGGAGCUGUCGCGUUGAGUGUGUGGAAGUGAGGAACCAUAGAAUUUCUCUCUGCGCUGCGCCUACUCCACUCGGAGGGUCUGGCUUUAUUCACUUCCCAGGUUCAGGGAAAGGUGGACAAGGGGGUCACACUUACUGGAACCGUCGUAGAGUCAACUUAAUAAAUUUGAAAGAAGAAGUAUAGCUGCUAAGUUCACUGGAAUUCCGACAGCGGGAUCUCUCCCUAAGGAGGAAGCCUGUUUCCAUCCCCCGUGCAGCCCGGGAGGCAGAUGUCCUGCCCACAGGGAUCUGCACUGGAAGGCCUCUGCCCCCCCCACGCUGCCACCUUCCUUCUACUCGGCGGCUCAGCCUCAGUCCCCGGGCAGUUGGGAAGCAAGACUGGGACAGGAGCCUGCAGGAGACUCUGCAGCCGAGAUCCUGCCAGAGUCCCCAGUUCUGUCUCUAUUCAGGGUGGCCUUGGACAGAUGGAAUGAGGCGGGCAUUUGCUGCACAGGUUUUCCGACAUGCAGGUGCUCAGAAAUACAAACCGGUCCGCAAGGCGGAGGUUGUGCUCUUCUCCUUUGCAGUUCUGGGUGGAAAAGUGAAGAGAUGCAGCAUCAGUAUGUACGUGGAGCUGUUUUGUUCACCUUGCUCACCUCUCUGGGGAUUUGUUGUAUUCUGUUCCCAACUCCCGGGGCCCGUGCUAGGAACGAUUUGCCCGCUGACGCCCCUGCUUUGUCUGGCCUCGGGUCCAGGAGCCUUUCCAGGAGAGCCUUCAGAGCCACCAAGGCUUCUCUUUGUGCCCACGGGUUCGGUCUCUAGUGAAUCCCUCAAGGGACCACUCCUGGGCCUUCGGGAGUGGUAUUAGGGAAAGGGGGCUCAUCACAUCGCACCCACCACGGAGAGGGGGAGCUUGCUAACCGGGAGCCCCAAGAGACACCGAAGCGAGCUCUCUCUCUCUCAUAAUGUUCCCCAUUGGUUGACAUAAACCUUAACUGGGUUCUAGUUUGACAUUUGGCAAAUCGUCCUGGAAGUCAGGCCUCGUGACAGGAGUCCUCUCUCCAUGAGCCUGAGGAAGAAGUGAGAAUGGCUUGCUCAGAUCAGUGCAGGAAAGCAGGAGUUCUCAGGACGGUGAGCUGCGUGGUCUGGGGGUGCCCUUGGGAACCUUGGAAGUCCCGCCAUUGCUGCCUCCUGGCCUCUUGACUCUAGGUACCCCACCUUCUCCGUGGCGGGGCCUGGCUCCUAGGGCUUGAGAUGGGCAUUCGCUAUCAAACAGGCUGAGAAGACAUACCAGCCCCUCAAGUUUCUGGCGCCUUCUCUGAGCAUAGUUCAAACUGAACUCUGGCGAUCACGUUAACCUUUUGACAGACCUAGUAGCUGUCCAGCUUGCUCUUGUCCUCCGCCCUCUGAGGGAACACGAUCGUGGCCAUAAGCAAGAGGACGAGUAAGGCCUGCGCGGUGCCCAGAGCGAGAAACCCGGGCUCCAGCAGGGAGAGCCUGACCCACUUCCACGUGUAGGUGAGGAAGAGGCCCAGGCCACUGGCCAGCAGCAUGGAGGACGUGGCGAGGAAGCCCACCGCCAGCCGCCACUCUCCCUGGCUGCUGUUGCACCAGGCCAGGAAGAGAGGCAGGGGGACGAAGAGCAUCAAGACCAGGGCCCCGUACACACCAAGCCUGGCCAGGGCCAGGCCGACCCGCGACACGCCCAGGGCCUCCAGCUCAGGGAACUGGCGGCACCGCAGGGAGCCGGUGCCCUGGUCCCACAGGCAGAAGUUGUAGAAGCCGACUCUGAGGUGGGGCAGGUCCGUGAGGUUGCCGGCCUUCCAGAGGAGAGCAUAGAAGAGCAGGGAGAUGGCCGCCGCCGUGGCGGCCAUGAUGGCCAGGAAGCGCAGCUGUGCGGCCUGCUUCGGGCUGGGCAUGGUCAUCUUCCCCUGCCCUUGGCACGGCCGCCUUCCGGGUACCUGCGGGAAGGCACAUCCGUGAGCGUCCUCACAGUUCCUGGAAUUCCGUAAACACCCGUGGCACCCUUCCUCCCGACCCCAGCGGGAACCCGAAGUUAGAGGGAGCCUCCAGGCAGCACCCACUCGGUGAGUCCUCAGCCGCCUCUCGGGGCCAAGUUCAGGGGGAAGGGCCCCCCGCGGGGCAGCUGGGGGUGCCUGAAACGUGCACACUGAUGCCCUCUCAACAGGGGCUUCGCUGCACUUUCAACACCACAAGCCCCUGGAAACGUCUGAGGGAGUUGCUCAGAUCCUGACGAGGGUGGGCUUGUCGGGGGUGAAGGAGACGCCGCUCCUUGGGGGCCCGGAGGGGGAGGACGGUGCUAAAGGCUCCGUGGGGGACAGCAGCACCACCCAGGAGCUGGAAGAACCACCCUCAGUGGGACCCAGACCAGUCAGAUCAGAACUUCUGAGGUUGGGGCCAGGCACUGGUUGUUCUAGAAGCUCUGUAGCACGUUCUCACGUGAGCUGGGGUUGAGGAGCCCUGUGAGCUCAGCUGCCCGGCUCUGGGAGUCAGGACGUGGUGAAGACGAGAGGCCACCCGGUAAUGAAAUCACACAGUCGUACUCCCUACUUUUUAAGUGUCUACAAUUUAAGUGUCCUGACAACAGUAAUGGUAGAAAUCUUGGAAAGUCAUUUUUAAAAGAAAAAAUAGAAAAAAUCACCUCUUCUCCCACCGCAUACAUAGAAUCACUGUUAAUUUUCUACCAAUAUUUUUUUCCUAUGUGGUGUAUUUUUAAAGAAUCAUACAGUUGACCGCAAUGAUUUUCUCACUGACUAUUGUGAACCUUUUUUCAAAGCUGUUAAAUAGUCUUCAAAAACGUGGUUAAUGGCUGUGUAAUAGCUCAUGUCAUAGAUUUAUCCAUGACACUAUCAGACAGAUUGUGUCCAUUUUUCACCAUUAUAAGUGACAAUCAGGGAAGAUGCUUGCACGAUUCUGAUUUUUCCUUAGGCUAGAUCUCUAAGAGUACAAUCAGAGUCAAAAGUAAAAAAAAAUUUUGGUGAUUUUAUUGCAUAUUGCCCAAUUGACCUGCAGAAAACUUCAUGGUAAUCCCUGUCAUGUAGUAGACACCUUCCUGAUUGUAUUUGAAAAACCUUUUCACUCCAUUUUUACUCCAAAGGACUUCUCCAAAUUGGCCCCUACAACAGUCAUCUGCAUACGAUACCUUUAUAUUUGUAAAUCUUCCAGUGUGGAAUAAAAUGGCCAUUGACAGCCCAGAGCCCUGGGAACUCAGUGCUGCCGGCCUUAGGCCUCAGAAGACAACAGGUGCUGGGGACAAACUAGAGUGACAUCUGGUCAGCACCAGAGGGCAGCGUCUGAAGGGUCCCCUGGGGAGGAGCGGGCCCUCCCUCUUUGCCACAGCUGACUGGAAGGAAGGGGUGUCUGACCACAUCCCUUAUUUGUUCUGUGAGAACAGAAGGUGCCCGGAGGGAGAGAAAGAACACGCACUUGGGAACAGGAUGUGGGGCCGCACAGCGCUGGGCUGGCUGCUGCUCGUGUCCUGUAGGACAUCUGGACAGACUUCAGGACCUCGUGGACUAAGAGGCUGGAGGCUGGUCCUAGCUUCUUUGUCUAAAUGUUUCAUAGUGAAAGCUUACGAUGUUUGGCUGGAAAAGCCCAUGGCACUCCCCUCCUCUGCUGUCCUAGGAGCCCACCCUGGCUUUUUUGGCCUUUAACAAUCCUAGCAAUCACGUUCUUGCCACCGUGAGCUUUUUAAUUCCCUUUCACAACAAGCCUUGCUUCCUUCAGAGGGUAACUGGGGAGACUGCUGAGUCACUGUCACCCUUUUUAGCUGAACUUUUUCCUGUUUACAACAAAGCAACAGAUGCUGAUUGUAGAACACUAGAAAAAUAGGCGAACGACUAAAAAUCAUCUGUACCUUCGGGUUGUAGAAAUAACCACUCUUAACAACACAUUUCCUUCCAUAAUGCUGUUUUACACAGUUGCGCUCGCAUAACUGUAUGUUUGUAUCCCGCUUUGUAAACACAUGAUAGCGUGACUACACUUGUGUAUAUUACGUUGUUCGACAUUACUUUGUAAGGCUAGAAAUGAGGCUGUGGGGGAUGUUGGUGAACCCCCGUCUCUUGUCACUGGCACUUGCUUCUCAAGACCCCUGAAGUGCCCUCUCCUGAGUCACGGAAUCCAAAGAAACUUCACAAACCGUC